CAAACCUCUCUAAAAGACUAAAACAAUAUAUUUCCUUUUCAAACAUUUGCCCUCAUUUUCUUUGUCAUUUACCAUCCACGGCCUCUCCGAUAUUUUCUCGUUUUAUUUCGAUGAGAUCUAUCUGUAAUAUUACAUAAUGGAUAAGGGUAGUUCUAUAAUUGCAACGAUCGACAAAACCGCCAAUUCACUCAAGUUCUUCCUUUCUUCAGUCCUCUGAUUUCUAAAAGCUGAAAAACACUUGACAGAGAGAGAGUGUGUGUAAAGACUGAGAUAAGCAGACGCGCACAAACUCAGAAACAGUUACUUCGAUUGCCAUAGAUAGUGAGUGUUCGGGGCUUGUGCGUGUUCCUUUCGAGGAAAAGGGAUGGCAAUCCCACAAGCGGAGUCACAUCGAGCCAGAGCUAGACCACCGGUAAUCCGCAGAGUACCGUUGCGGCAACUACUACGUGUGACUUCAAUCGCCGGUGGCAUACAGUUCGGAUGGGCUUUACAGCUCUCUCUCUUAACACCUUACGUGCAGGAGCUAGGAAUUCCGCAUAAGUGGGCCAGUAUUAUAUGGCUUUGCGGACCAUUAUCGGGCCUAGUCGUGCAGCCUCUAGUCGGCCACAUGAGUGAUCGCUCCACCAGCCGUUUUGGCCGCCGCAGGCCGUUUAUUCUUGUGGGCUCGGGUUUAAUUUGUCUUGCAGUUUUAAUCAUCGGUCACUCCGCCGAUAUCGGUUGGCUAUUGGGGGACAGGGGAAACACCAGGCCAAGAGCAAUUGGAGUUUUUGUUUUCGGAUUUUGGAUUCUGGAUGUGGCAAAUAACAUGACUCAAGGUCCUUGCAGAGCUCUUCUUGCUGAUCUUACUGGAAAGGAUCACCGUAGGACUCGAGUGGCAAAUGCUUAUUUCUCACUAUUCAUGGCAGUUGGUAAUGUUCUUGGCUUUGCCACUGGAGCAUUCAGUAAUUGGGUCAAGGUUUUCCCGUUUACUGUUACCCCUGCAUGUAACGUUGACUGUGCCAAUCUCAAGUCUGCUUUCUAUCUUGACAUUGUUUUUAUGGUAAUUACUGCAUAUGCAAGCAUCACGGCAGCUCAAGAAUCAACUCCAGGUUUGUCUGAUAGAUCCGCACGCAUUGCUGAAGAUGUGUUGGGACAGUCGAGCCAUGUGGAAGAGGCUUUUCUUUGGGAGCUAUUUGGAACAUUUAGAUAUUUCCCAUGGCCUGUGUGGACAAUAUUGUUAGUUACUGCUCUAAAUUGGAUUGGUUGGUUUCCAUUUCUUCUCUUUGACACCGAUUGGAUGGGUCGAGAAAUCUACGGUGGCAAACCAAACGAAGGAGAGAAUUAUAAUAUAGGAGUCAGAACGGGUGCUUUUGCUCUGAUGUUGAAUUCAGUUAUUCUUGGAAUAACAUCUGUACUGAUGGAGAAGCUCUGCAGGAAGUGGGGAGCUGGUUUUAUAUGGGGAAUUUCGAAUAUCGUUAUGGCUCUUUGCUUUCUUGCAAUGCUUACAAUAUCUUAUGUGGCAACCCAUAUUGGCUACAUGGGUCAUGAUCUACCACCAGCUGGCAUUGUAACGGCAGCAGUAGUGAUUUUUGCAAUUCUUGGUGUUCCAUUGGCAAUCACUUACAGUGUUCCAUAUGCAUUGAUUUCCUCACGUAUUGAGCCUUUGGGACUUGGCCAAGGUUUAUCAAUGGGUGUUUUAAAUUUGGCAAUUGUGGUCCCACAGGUGAUUGUGUCCCUUGGAAGUGGACCAUGGGAUCAACUAUUUGGUGGUGGAAACUCACCAGCCUUUGCUGUUGGAGCUCUGGCAGCCCUUUCUGGUGGACUUAUUGCCAUCUUGGGUAUUCCUCGAUCUACUCCUCAGAAGCCAAGGGUCCUCCCCCUCCCAUGAGUGGAAGAACCGUUGCAAUAUCAUCCAUUUGGUCGUCAGCAUAGUGUUUGAGCUGACUCUGAGCAGAAGGUGCUUUCAUCUAGAAAAUAAAAGCCUGAGUUUCUCGAGAAUGUGAGAAGUCAUGGAAGUUUUUGAAGGUUUGGGAACUGGUU